CCCGGUUUCUACGGCCGCCUGGAACUUCAAUCGUAAACCCGCUCGAAUAUACCCAUACAGACACUGGCACACACAUGAGGGCAUGGCAGCUGUGUUCGGCAAGCUCCAGAUUGGCAUUUAUGUGGAGAUCAAGCGCAGUGAUGGCAGAGUACACCAGGCCAUGGUGACAUCACUGAAUGAAGACAAUGACAGUGUGACUGUGGAGUGGAUUGAAAAUGGAGACACAAAAGGGAAAGAGGUCGAUUUGGAGAGCAUCUUUGCACUGAAUCUAGAUAUUGCACCUGAUGAGGAAAUCGCACAAAGUCCAGAAACUCCUCCACCCCCUGUGUCAAGUGCCAUCAAACUCAACAAGAUUCCCCAAAACAAGAAUCGUCGAACAGUAGCUCCACCUAAAACUGAACCACCCGCAAGGGAUAAUCGAGGUACGACUCGAGCGCGGCCGAGCCAACAGAUUGAAGCACCUCCAGCUGCGCCCGCGCCACCUCCACCGAUUCAGAAUCAAACCCUACAGCAGCAGAACGCUCGCAGGAAGUCCAACUGUGUGAAGGAGGUGGAGAAACUUCAGGAGAAAAGAGAGAGAAGACGAUUGCAACAACAGGAGCUGAGAGAGAAGAGAGCACAGGAGGUCGAUGCCACAACUCCUAAUUAUGAAAUUCUGUGUAUGAUCCGAGACUUCAGAGCGAGUCUGGAUUACAGGCCACUGACAACUGCAGAUCUGAUCGAGGAUCACCGGAUAUGUGUGUGCGUGCGGACACGCCCAAUAAACAAGAAAGAGCUGACCAUGAAGGAUCUCGACGUCAUCACCAUCCCCAGUAAAGACGUGGUGAUGGUCCAUGAACCCAAGCAGAAAGUGGAUUUAACAAGAUACCUGGAGAACCAGACGUUUCGUUUUGAUUAUGCUUUUGAUGAUACUUCGACAAACGAAAUGGUUUACAGGUUUACCGCUCGGCCGCUGGUUGAGACCAUUUUUGAGAGGGGAAUGGCAACCUGUUUUGCUUACGGUCAAACGGGCAGUGGAAAAACUCAUACGAUGGGCGGAGAUUUUUCAGGAAAGAAUCAGGAUUGCUCGAAAGGGAUCUAUGCACUUGCUGCACGGGACGUUUUCCUCAUGUUAAAAAAACCUAUCUACAAGAAGCUUGAUCUUCAGGUUUAUUCGACUUUCUUUGAAAUUUACAGCGGGAAGGUGUUUGACCUUCUAAACAGGAAGGCGAAACUGCGUGUGUUGGAAGACGGGAAGCAGCAGGUUCAGGUUGUCGGGUUGCAGGAGAGAGAGGUCAAAUGCACAGAGGAUGUGCUCAAACUUAUCGAGAUGGGCAACAGCUGCAGAACGUCUGGCCAGACCUCCGCUAACGCUCACUCGUCUCGCAGUCACGCCGUGUUUCAGAUUAUUCUCCGCAGGAGGGGCAAAAUGCAUGGCAAAUUUUCUCUUAUAGACCUGGCUGGAAACGAGCGGGGGGCGGACACGUCGAGCGCCGAUCGGCAGACGCGACUCGAGGGGGCAGAAAUCAACAAAAGUCUCCUGGCACUGAAGGAGUGCAUUAGGGCGUUAGGUCUGAACAAACCACAUACUCCGUUUAGAGCGAGUAAACUCACCCAGGUCUUACGAGAUUCGUUCAUCGGAGAGAAUUCAAGAACAUGUAUGAUUGCAACAAUCUCUCCUGGAAUGGCGUCGUGUGAAAACACAUUAAACACUUUGAGAUAUGCCAACAGAGUGAAGGAGUUUGGGAUAAGCCCUUCAGACAUUCCCUUCUCGCAGGGGUGCGGCGGUCGCUCUGAGCUCUCUCCUACCUAUGAGUAUGAUGACUUUGAUACCUCACCCAGCAGGGUGAAGGAGUUGACCAUUGACCCCAGUGCAGUGAUGGAGUGUCGGUCCGGAGGUCACUCUGUCAAUCAGCUGGACGUGUUGGAGGCUCAAUGGGGAGUCGGCAGCUCUCCUCAGAGAGAUGAUCUCAAGCUGCUCUGUGAACAAAAUGAAGAGGAAGUGUCUCCACAGCUCUUUACCUUCCAUGAGGUUGUGUCUCAUCUAGUGGAGAUGGAGGAACAGGUCCUGGAGGACCAUCGGGCUGUGUUUCAGGAGUCCAUACGUUGGCUGGAGGAUGAGAAGGUGCUUUUGGAGAUGACAGAGGAAGUGGAUUAUGAUGUGGAGUCUUUCGCCACUCAACUCGAGCAAAUUUUGGAUCAAAAGAUCGAUGUGUUGAUCGAGCUCAGAGAUAAAGUAAAGUCUUUCCGCUCUGCUCUUCAAGAGGAGGAACAGGCCAGCAAGCAGAUAAACCCGAAACGUCCUCGAGCUCUGUAGCUUCACUGCAGCAGCACACAUUACGCUCAACACUGUAUAUUCCUGCCCAAAACACCUUUUUAAACAACCUGUCUCAAUGUAUGUACUCGAGUACUGUUAGUGUUUUGACCAUUUCUAUUCAUCCAAGAGAAGCACAUUUUAAAGCUUAAUUGUAUAGAAAUAUUACUAAUUUCAGUUGUGACUAAAAUGAAUGAUUGAAUCCAUUUAAGGCCAGAUUGUGAUGUUCGAUUACUUGAGCAAAUGCAUGCACAAACCAGCUUUGAUUGUACAUCUGUAUCUGAUUUGACUGUUCAGUCUGUAAAUAUUUCAUGAACACAUUUUUAAUGCUUUUCAAAUGUAUAUACACACAUAUACCUGCUAAUGAAAUACAAUUAUGCUCUCCCAAUGUAGAGAAAUCUCCAGAUAAAUGCUUAAAAUUAUGGAUGCUCCAACACUGGUUGAUUUUGACAGAUAUUAUAAUGCACGGUGCUGUGAAAAAUGUAUUCACCCCCUUUCUGAUUUCUUGUAAUUUUCAUAGUACAUUUUUAUUAGAUCUUCAAUCGAGAUAUAACAUAAAACAAAUGCAACCUGAGUAAACACAAAAUACUGUUUUCAAAUAUAUGUAUUUUUUAUUGAAGCAAAAAAGUUAUCCAACACCUAAAAAACAAACAUGUGAAAAACUAACUGCCCCCUUAAACUUAAUAGCUGGUUGUGCCACCUUCAGCAGCAACAACUGCAACUAAAUGCUUCCGAUAACUGGGGAUCAGUCUUUCACAACGCUGUGGUUUUAUUUGCAGAACUUAAGCUCAGCCACAUUGGAGGGUUUUCUCCUUUAGGAUUUUCUGAUAGAGAGCAGAAUUCAUGUUUUCCUCAAUUAUUGCAAGUCGACCUUAAGCAGCGAAGCAUCCGCACACCAUCACACUACCACCACCGUGCUUGACCGUAGGUAUGAUGUUCUUUUUGUGGAAUUCUGUGUUUGAUUUACGCCAGAUGUAACGGGACCCCCGUCUUCCAAACAGUUCCACUUUCAACUCAUCAGUCCAUAGAACAUUCUCCCAAAAGCUGUGAGGAUCAUCAAGGUGUGUUCUGGCAAAAUUCAGAUGAGCCUUAAUGUUCUUCUGGGUUAGCAGUGGUUUUCGCCUCGCCACUGGAUGGAUGCCAUUUUUGGCCAGUGCCUUUCUGAUAGUGGAGUCAUGAACAAUGAUCUUUAGUGAUGUGAAAGAGGCCUGCAGUUCCUUGGAUGUUGUCCUUGGCUUUUUUUUUUGUGACUUCCUGGAUGAUAUGGCUCUCAAUGUGGUUCUUUGGCAUCCCAGAGCCUUUAAAAAAAAAUUGUAACCCUUCCCAGACUGAUAUAUUUCACUCUCCUUUUUCCUCAUCAUUUCUGGAAUUUCUUUCGACCUUGGCAUAGUGUGCUACUGGGUGAGACCUUUUAGUCGACUUCAUGCUGCUGAAGCAGUUGUGUUUAGGUGUUGAUGUGAUUGAACAGGGCUGGCAGUAAUCCGGGUGUGUCUAGUCCAGCUGAACCCCAUUAUGAAUGCAGUUGCAUAGAUUUGUGGAUUUAGUAACUAAGGGGGCAAAUACUUUUUCACAUAAGCCCGGUUGGUAUUGGAUAAUGUUUUUGCUUCAUUAAAUAACUUUAUCAUUUAAAAACUGUAUUUUGUUUAUUAAUACUGUACACUGAUUGCCUUUUGUAUUAUUUUAGAUUGUGUUUACAUUUUUGAAACAAUUUAGUGUGAGAUAUACACAAAAACAAGAAAUCAGGAUGGGGCAAAUACUUUUUCACUACAUUACAUUACGGCGGACAAAUUAUUUAGUACUUUUGGGGGAAAACGCCCGAUAUUAUCGGUCCAAAAUAUCACAUAAAUCAGAUCAAUUAAAGGUCAGUAUUGCUCAUACCGAUAUACCGGUGCAUUCAUUGUUGCAAAACAAAAGCUGCAGGACUGCAAUACAGAUGAUCUCUGUUGAGACCUAGAGGAGCUGACUAGUUUCAUUAUAGUUACUUAUGACAAAGUGUUGCGAGACUGGAAAGGGAUAGGCUUCAAUAUGUAAUUGCAUUGUUGGGAUAUUUAAUUGUCAGUGGGACAUAACUAAAUUAAAUAGUGUUGUACAGAAGCCCUGAACUGCAAGGUGAAAAAAAACACUAUGUAAACUUGUUUAUUUUAGGUGUAUUAGUGCCUUCCUGAGCUAAGACUCACAAAAAGACUUGUCCGCAAAACAAAUUUCUCAAGAGGCAACACAUGAAAUCUUGUGUUGAGGUGACAGAAUCUGAAGGUCACCAAACUAUCAGAAGAAACUUCUGAUUUCAUGUAUUAGAAGACUUUCUAAAAUUGAGUAAGAUUUGCAAAACAUUCUUGUUAUUGUAUUAUACUAGAAGUAUACGUUUAUAAAUAGAUAAAGUACCACAGACAUUCAGUCUUGUCAGCACAAGAUUUCAUGCCGACUGAUAUUGGCACAUGGUGGCCAAGGUUGGUAUCACAUGCUAAUUGUUAGCUAGCAAGAGAAAAAAAUAUUGUGUUGUCUUGUGGAGCAAAAAAAUAAAAUAUCUUAGUUGUCUUAGUAAAUAUGUCAAGAAAAAAAAAAUUCUGAUAUUUCUUUUUUGUGCAGGACAUAAUCUUAGGAAGGCAAUAAAUUGCCUAAAAAAUAAAAAAAUUCACCUAAUAAUAUAUAUAUAUAUAUAUAUAUAUAUAUAUUUUUUUUUUACCUUGCAGUUCAGGGCUUCCGUAGUGUUGCACCUGCUUUUCAACAAACCACUAUGAAAAUGGCUCUGUUCAUUCUGCUCUGAUGGACAAUCAAAACAAAUAAACUUUACAUAGUAGUUUUUAUUUUCUGCAGAAAUCAAAAGGGAAUUUUGUUAAUAGAAAAUGGUUUACAUUUUUGAAAACUAAGAAUUCUUGAAAGUGUUAAUUAGUAAAUUCAAGCUACUGGUUUUAAGACGCUAUUUAAAAAAAGCAGUCCAACAUAAUUAACAUUUUAAAAGUGUCCUUUUAUUCCACUUGAAAAGUUGUUUGUGUGAUGGGGGAGUUGAAAUGUUCCCUGAAUCUGGAACUGGAUGUGACUCAAUGUUUUAUUCAAUUUAUUGCAGAGCUAAAAUAAA